AUGGAUCUAUUGGGCGAUAUAGUAGAAAAAGAUACUUUAAACGUAGUCGAAAGCAACGACAAUGAUGCUCCUAUGGCCAGCAACUCCAAGACGGGAUUCCCUGAAUUGUACAGACCCCAAAAAAUAUCUUCCUGGAAAGAAAGAUUAAGAGAGAAAAGAGCUCAAAGGAAGGACUCUGGGGCUAAAGAGGCUAAAAAACAACAAGUGGCCACUGCUGCUCCGCGAUCCGAGGCAAAAUCCAUUCAUGAAGAAAAUAUCAAAGUCUUGCAGGAGAUGACCGAUGAGCAAAUAAUGAACGAACGCCAGGACCUGUAUGAUUCGUUGGAUCCUAAAUUGAUUGCCAAUCUUCUGAAAAACAUAAACAAGAGAGCUAAAGACGAAACCGAUACUCCAUUAUUUGCGGAAAUAGAAGGUGCGUCCGGCACCUGGGUCGGUGGCAAUAAGCAAGGCAUUAAUAAUCUACCGCCUUUGGAAGACGAAGACGUGGAUGCUGCUUUAGAUAUCAGACCUAAAUCUAGUACGAACGCAAAGCACGUUGCAUUUGAAGAAGAAGAAGAAGAAGAAGAAAACGAUAACGAUGCCGAUGAUGUUGCGCCUUUGGAUUUCCAAAUGGCACAAAGCAUUGAUCACAUGAAAAACGAAGAUCUUUUCAAAGACGUUCAUUUCAUAAAGGAAGAGAAGCAAAACGAAAUAGAUUUGGAGAAACUAGACAUCAAUGACCCUGAUUUCAAUGACAAAUUGCACGAUAAGUACUUCCCGGAUCUGCCCAAAGAGGUCAAUAAACUGAAAUGGAUGCAGCCUAUCCGCCAGGAGGAAAACAAAACUCGCAUUAUCGAAGACGUUUUCGAGUGUAGGUUCGAUUUUAGCGGUAAUCUUGUUCCACCCACAAGACAAAUAGAAUCUACCGUUCAUUCUGGCUUGCACCAUCAUAGCGACUCGCCCGAACUGGCUGGUUACACCAUAGUCGAGCUAGAACAUUUAGCAAGAUCUACUUUCGCAUCUCAAAGGUGUAUUGCCAUACAAACCCUGGGGAGAAUCCUUUACAAACUAGGCCAAAAGAGCUACUACCAACUAGUGCCGGAGAUCGAUGCAGAGACAUACAAAGAAGAUGGGAGUAUAUCCAACGUUAUGGAUAAGAUUUAUUCCAUGUUUUGGGAUUUGAUUAUAGAUGGCAAAAUCAUUGAAUCACUGGAAAUUGCCUCGGAUGAAAAAUAUACUAGAAAUCUAUCAGUAAGAAAUUAUGCUAUUGACGCACUUUGGCUAUGGAAACAAGGCGGCGGAGACUUUAGAGUCAAGAAAUAG